ACGCGUAGAGUGAAUCACCAAACAAAAAUUGCAAUGUUCAAUGCAGCCGAAAAAUUGUUAAUUUCUAGCUUUCUUUUAUAAUAGAUUCGGUAAUAGUGUCGCGUUCGUCAUUGGCAUCAUUUUAUUUAUAUCUUAUAUAAGUUUGUUCAUCUCUUCUGAGAAAUGAUCCAUACGUUGAACAAAUGGAACAAACACAUUUUUUUACGUUAUUUGUCCAACGAUACACGAUAUUUUUCGUUUUCGCUCUCGUACGUAGAGCUCAUUUACCGUGACGCCAGCAUGCGCGGUACUUUCGUAAAAACCGGAUUGAGGAAGCCGAGUUCCGCCUGGUUAACAAUCAUCCCGAUUUCGUAUCCGAGAGCCCUCUCCCGACGCCGCUGUCGUCCGGCAGAAUUAAACUCUGAUUUGGCAGGUUAACAUCGCGCCGUGAGUAGUAGGGUUCAUCGAACGUGGAACUUCUACGUGGACUUUAAAUGCUGUCCCUUAUCAGCCAGCUAAGGCCGGCCGCGCUUCGGCAGGAAAAUGGCGGAGUACCAGCCUCCGGUGUUGUUUUGAAAUGAGCGUUGCUGGUGAUCGCUAGCCCCGCGCGAACGUUAUGGAUAUUUCGAGCAUGCUCGAGGUGCAAGUAAAAGAAAUGAAGACGGAGGUGGACGUGAAGGAGGACGAUGAUUUCAACGAGCAGAUGAUGGCGGGAACGCGUGACUUCGGCAGCAGUGAGUGCAAUUCCGUUGCGCCCAAUUCUAACCUACCUGCCUGUCACACUGACAAUUUUUCAGCAACUUCAGGUAGGGCAACUAGCACGACCAGCACAGCUGUCGCGGCUAUCUCUCAGGAGGAGAGCUCCUUCUACAAGCUCCUGUUCAACGAACGGUUCAAUGAUAUCGCAUCGGUACGGUUCUGCAGGAUCCACUGUACGGCUUGUAACGUGCACAUUGGUUCUGCACCGGCUCAGAUUCACAACAUGUUUGAGCAUCCCAUGCUUCAUACGCUGUUGUGUGCCAAGUGUCGUGAAUUUUAUGGAAAUGGCACAUUUGAGCAAGGUGACGACGCUACGGAUAUGUUUUGCAGGUGGUGUGCAAACGGUGGCAAUCUUUAUUGUUGCUCGUAUUGCAGUAACACAUUUUGUUAUAAAUGUAUAAAAAGGAAUUUUUCUUCCUUGAUAAGGAAAAAAAUCGAGGCUGAUGAAAAAUGGAAGUGCUUCGUGUGCAAUCCGCGUGAUUUGUAUAGUGCAAGGGCCAUGUGUUGGGCUCUACUUCAACAUGUGCAAACAGUGACGAGAAUACUCAAAAAUGACAAGAAUAUGAGUGCCAAGGAAAUGGAAGAGAAAAUGAAUCUGGACGAAUCGCAGUGCUGCACGCGCAGAAGUAAACGCAGGUGUCGUAAAGCCGAAUCCAAUUCCGAGGAGGAAGACGAGACAUACUUCCCUAAAAAGCUCAACGGGCUGUCGGUGAACAUAAAACGUAAAACGAAGAAAAUCAAAUCGUAUUCCAAGUAUUCGAACGGCACCAAGAGAUAUAUGCAGUCUCUAGUCACGCCGAUGCCCAUCAGACCACGUCCAGCUUUAUCGAUGAGCAUGCAAACUUUCACGCAGACUGAAUUGCCGCAGUCUAGGGUCGAGCAUGAAAAACAGAUUGUUAAAGCGUCGGAGAGUAUCGUCCUUCCAUCACCAAGCGUGAUAAACACGGAAACUACAUCGAGAUAUUCCGAUUCCGGUAUACAGCCGACUUUUUAUCAGACCUUCGUGAACAAUACAGCGGGAUCGAGCACUUAUGUUCAGGUAUCGUCCGCGGUGAAACCUGCGACGCACCAAGUAUCUUCUGCGGUAAAAUCUACGACUCAUCAAGUAUCUUCUGCGGUGAAACCUACGACUCAUCAUCAGAUUGCUCUUUCUUCGUUAUCGUCGCAGCCGACCUCGUAUCAGCCGUCCCAGCUGUCUCAGCCGCAGCCUCCGCCUCCGCCAAACGCGAUGGUGUCCAUACCCAGUCCGGGAAAGAAACGCGCCAGACCUCGGCUUCUUGUUCCAGGCUCAAAAAGAUCGAAUUUAAUGUUAACUCCUAACAUAAUCGACCUCGACAGCGAUUCCGAUGACGACCUAAGGAUUGUGGAGCAGCAAAACGAUUCGGUCGACGUGGACGUAAACGACAAGGUGGUGCCUGUCGCUCUCACUUGGGAGAACAGUGACGACGACGAUGUGAGGGAGCAGCAACCUCUGCGGCAGAUGAGCGCGAGUGCAGGAAAGGAUAGUUCGUCUUUUAACGCAGUGAUGUUGCGACACAGGCAGGACCUCGAUAAGAUUCUGAGUGAUAUUGUGAAGAAGAAAGUGUAUUUGUUCUGUAAUUUGUCCAACACGACCCAAGACGUUGAACUGGCGAUCCAGGAGAAGGUUAAGAACUUCUGCAGGUGUAUGCACAACACGGUCCUUCAAUUAACGGGUGUAAAUGAUAGGGUAGUGCGCGAGUACAAUGGAUGGAUAAAGUCACGAAGGACGAUUCCGGACACACCGUCUUCAGUCGACGAAAACGCAUCUGUGAUCCAAGAAAAUGUAGAAAUUCCUUUAGACAUGACUUGCGUCAAUGAUUCUGAAGCUGAGUCCGACUCCGAGAAAUUAUCGGAUCAUCGGAUUAAAAAGGCAUCCGACCUAGUUAAAAAUAACACCAUUAUUCUUAAAGAUAUACUGUUCUUCAAAAAAGACGUUGUGAAUCGUGGUGUCGGUACCAAACUUUUAUAUGCGGACAAAGCGAUUCAGGUUUGCGACGUUGCCCCGUGUGAUUAUGAGAAGUGUAUUGAUUAUUCUGUAUUAAAUACAGCCGAUUAUGGUUCGGAGACGAAUGAUCAUGACGACGAUGCUGAGACCCCGAAGACGAAUGAUGACGGUGGGAUCUCGAAGACGAGUGAUGACAGCGGGAUCUCGAAGACGAAGGUGGAACCUCAGAAAACUUUCGGCACCUACGAGGAGCAGUUCAUCUAUUAUUUGCAGUAUAUUGAAGAUCAUGGUAUCCAGAUAGAAGAUACAGAAGAGUUGACGAACCCGGAUGAAACACCGUCUCAAGAGCUAAGUGUAACUUCACCUUUUUCGUUUGAAGACCUCGAUCCAGAUGAUGAGUCUACGGGUGAACAAACGAAAAAUAAUGUGCAGGAAAGAAAUGCAGAAAAUUGCGUUAACUCAUUGCUUGAGGACAAGAAAAUAGACGUACCGACAAAUGCAGUCCAUAAAGAAAUUACUAAUGAGUCCAGUAAUGAGUCAAAUAUUGAUAUUAAGGUAGCGGAAAACAAAUUGCAAGAAACCAACAAUCAUCCGACGGAAGAAGAAGCAAUCUCGACAGUGUCAAACAAUAAAGACGCGAGCUCAAGUCAAAACAGCAAAGAUGCAAUAAGUAUAGAAACGGUUGCUUCGACGGAAAACGAAGAGUGUUCCAUUAUUGAUAAUUAAUGGAGAAUGUUUAAUCAAUGUGUUAUAACUUCGUGCUAAAAUAGUCUGAUUACUUAAUUACAAUCAAAUCACUAAUAAUCAUCACUGAAAUUGUUUUUAUUUUUUAAUAUUUGGCAAUGUUUUCACAUUGUGCAUAAAAGUUGUACAUUUUAUUUCUAGAUAAAGGGGCAUUUCUCUCAGAUUCAUAAAUGAUGUUAAUAAAGGCCUUAUUUUUAAUGUAAUAAUUUUUUUGGAAGAUAGUCAUUUAAUUUGAUUAAGAUUUAGCAUUCUCAAUAAUAUCGUACAUUUUAUUAGUUUAUGACUCUCUUAUACUUAUUUACUAAACAAUAAAAAAUAAUAGAAAAUAAUUGUAACAAAACCAUAAUUAAUUUUUUAAUUUGUUUGUGAUAAAUUACUUUUUCACAUAUUGCUUCUUACAGAUACUUUAUUUUCAUCGAAGAAAGAUGCAUUAACAAUGGGAUUACUGAAAUAUUAUAGCGAAAAAUAUUGAAAUAAUAAUAAAGUCAUAAUUAAAAAUUAAAGGCCUCACUUACAUGAAGUGAACACGUGUUCACUUACAUGUUCAAUAUCUCCAUUCUCCAAUUUCCAAUAAGAAAAUAUCUCGAUCAUUGUAAUCUCCCAAAUCAGAUUUUCGGCAGCUCGAAGACAUUUUUUUAUUCAACAGGCUAUUUAGAAAUUUGUUUCACAUAUUAUUAAUUAUCUCCUAUUGUAACAUCUUAUGUGGAUGUAUCAAAGUUAUGAUACAUGAAUCAACCGUUGGAUUUAUCUUCUUUCUCGUUGAAUAUAAGUUUUUCCCAUAGACUUAUAGCAUGCAAACAGUGAAAUGAAUCAUAAAUUUGCUUUAGUUUGCACAUUGUUGUUAUAGUCUGAAAUGUGUAAUAUGUAUGUGUCUAUUCAUCACGGAGGAAAAUUCUGAUCGUUAAUUUCUAUAAUUGAACUGUUGAAAGAUUUUUAUUUCAUUCAAGUGUGUAACUUUAUGGUGCGAUAAUAUAACAUUGGACAAUUUGUAUAUACGAAUGUUGCGCUGUAUUUAAGGAACACAGCAGUAAGAUAUUACGCUUUUGCGUUACAUCAUCAUGAUGUGGAUAAACUGUACGUUGCAAUUCGUUGAACAACACAUCUACAAUGUAUGCAUAAAUAUACUUUAUAUUACACAAAAUAUAAAUAUGGAUAUGCUGUAUCAUACUUAUUAUCUUACGUACUUGUGCGACUUGUGAAUUAUGCGUGCGUGUUUUACGUGUGCAAGUUUUAUGAGAGAAACGAACAAGUGUAUGCAGCUCAGCGAGUGAAACAUAAAUAUAUUGUUUUAUAUACGCACACGUUAAACUACAUUAGAUUUAAUAGACUUAAUUCACGUAACGUAAGCCUCAUGUGUUUAAGCAUUAGCAUUGAAAAUUUUCAACCUCGUUGAAAAAUUGCUCAGCCCUGUCUGAAUAAAUUUAACGUGAAUACA